UCUUGGUGCUGGAGAACCAGGGCACUUCAGACACCCCCACACAGCCUAGGUACAGUGAGCUGUAUCCCCCGAUGUCCCCUCUCCAGAGUGGUAGGGCGUCCACCCCGUCAGUCCUGGAAGCAGGGUAAAGAGGAGCUUCUUAGAAGCAUCUGGGUCAUCUCAAGACUGACUCGUCUGAUUGCUGGACAGCCGCCCACACCCACCUGGCCAGAGAGGUGAGCAAGGGCAGGUCUGGUGGCCCGGGGUCCUGCGUUUGCUAGUGGUUCCCUGCAGCAGGCCAGACACUCACCGGGUUGCCGACUCCCAAAGAGACUUGCCCUAGGCGCUGACCGUCCUGGCCAUGGCGUUCGCUGAGCUCUUGGAGCGAGCUGGGGGCGUGGGCCUCUUCCAGACCCUACAGGUCUUCACUCUCCUCCUCUCCUCCAUCUUCGUACCCUUCCAAAUACUUGUGGACAACUUCUCGGCCGCCGUGCCCAGCCACCGCUGCUGGGUGCCCCUCCUGGACAACAGCACCGCCCAGGCCAGUGACCCUGGUGCCCUGGGCCCCGAGGCCCUCCUGGCCGUGUCCAUCCCACUGGGUCCCAACCAGGAGCCCCACCAGUGUCGCCGCUUCCGCCAUCCACAGUGGCAGCUCCUGGACCCCAACACCACGGCCACCAACUGGAGCGAGGCUGCCACGGAGCCGUGUGUGGACGGCUGGGUCUACGACCGCAGCACCUUCACCUCCACCAUCGUGGCUGAGUGGGACCUGGUGUGUGACUCUCAGGCCCUGAAGCCCAUGGUCCAGUCCAUCUUCCUGGCUGGAAUCCUGGUGGGAGCUGCUGUGUGUGGCCCAACCUCCGACAGCUGCUGCUUGGAUGCUCCCGCUGACAGGGAACUCAUUUCCUGCCCAAAGUGCCUUCGUGCCACCUGUGCUCACAGGCUCUCCGUGGAUGAAGAAUGUGCGUCUGCUCCAGGUUUGGGCGCAAGCUGGUGCUGACCUGGAGCUACCUUCAGAUGGCCGUGUGGGGCACAGCAGCUGCCUUCGCCCCCACAUUCCCCGUGUACUGCCUCUUCCGCUUUCUG